AUGGUUUUCAAAUUUAAAAACGUUGAUCUGCGGAAGUUGACGGCUGGAGCAUUUCAUUGUGAAUUGAUCGAACGUGAGCUGUGUCUUGCAGUGCAGUCUCUUCAUGAAACCGUUUUGUCCUUUGUUAAAAAUGAACAAAUUAUUUUGGAAUUAAAUGUUAAGCCCAGCCAAUGUAUUCGUUGCCUCGGCAAAAGUGUAUUUAUUGACGUUAAUGACCCCAAUACCCUGUACUUAGUGUCGUUUAGCGACUCUGUUGAGAUUUCAAGAUUUAUGGAUACGAUUUCUGACAAUAACACAAAGGAAUUAAGUAAAUGUGGUCAUGGGUCCGUGUUUGAUGAAAGGACUGAUUCAUGGUCAGCUGUUCAGUAUUUCCAGUUUUACAGCUAUCUCAGCCAACAACAAAAUAUGAUGCAGGAUUAUAUUCGAACGUCUACGUACCAGCGUGCCAUCCUAGCGAAUUCAAAAGCUGACUUCGUCGGCAAAGUUGUUCUCGAUGUAGGUGCUGGUUCAGGUAUUCUGUCGUUUUUCGCAGUGCAAGCUGGGGCAAAGCGUGUUUACGCUGUGGAAGCAUCAAAUAUGGCUGAGCAUUGCCAAGUCCUCGUGAAAGCCAACAAGCUUGCCGGACGAAUUGUGGUUGUUAGUGGCAAGAUAGAGGACAUUACUCUACCCGAACCGGUGGAUGUUAUAGUAUCCGAGCCGAUGGGCUACAUGCUCUACAAUGAACGGAUGUUGGAGACCUACGUGCAUGCUCGCAAAUUUCUUGCUUUUCAACACCGUGCAAAGCGGAAAAGGGAUGCUGGUGAAAAUGGCAGCUCUGAUUCCGAGAUGGGGGACGCGUUCGUAAACAAAAAUUACCAGAAUUGGGACGGAGAAGUUUUCGCAGAGCCAAAUCCCGGUGUCAUGUUUCCCUCUGUUGGUAAAAUGUUUGUCGCGCCAUUUUCUGAUGAAGCCCUCUUCGCAGAAUUGUAUACGAAAGCCAACUUCUGGUAUCAACAGAGCUUCCAUGGGAUGGAUCUGAGUGCAUUGCGCGGAGCUGCGAUCAAAGAAUACUUUAAUCAACCGGUCGUGGAUACGUUUGAUAUAAGUAUCUGUCCUGUGACUGAACCCUGUGUCCAUAAUGUCGACUUCCGAACUGUUAGCGAGUCUGAUCUCGCCAACAUUGAAAUCCCAUUAGUUUUCCACAUCAGUCAAUGCUCAACUAUACAUGGUUUGGCGUUUUGGUUCGACGUUGGUUUUCUGGGCUCUCAGACCGAUGUUUGGUUGUCAACAGCGCCAACCGAACCACUUACACACUGGUAUCAGGUUCGGUGUUUACUGGGUACCGCGUUGUUUGUACAAGAGGGCCAGAUUCUGACAGGUCACGUGAAAAUGGUCGCUAACACGCGGCAGUCCUACGAUGUUGAAAUCGAACUAGUGGUUCCCAACAGCGAUACAAAGAUAACGAAUCACUUGGACCUGAAAAAUCCGCACUUCCGCUAUACCGGUUAUCCUCCGGCUCCCCCACCUGGCUCCCACACCAAGUCGCCUACUGAAAUGUACUUCGCUAAUGUCGUGGGGUCGACUACUGCUGUAGUUGGCUCGCAGACGCAACCCACAGUCAUUGCGGCCGAUCCGGGCUCCACUAGUCGGGGUGCCUUCGUGGCUACAAACACUGCUGCGGUGGGCGGCCCCGGUGCCACCCUCCUCUUUCCCUCCAGUGCUGCCGCCGCCACCGCAGUCCCUGACCAAACUAUUGGAGUUGGCGGUGGAAUGAUCGCUGCCGCUACGGUCCUUCCCCAGUCGCCCUGUGGCGCUGUCGCUGGGUUGGUGAAUGCAGCCCCCAUCGGUGCUGGUGAAGUCUUCCCCAAUGGAUGCUGGGCUCUUGGAGGUCAAGCGCACUUGCUCACUUCUGCCAGCACCCUGCAAGCUGGACAUUUCCAAAUUUCGACGCCGACCGGAUCGAACACCGUUCUUUACGAUCCUCGAACGCCUGUUCCAUAG